UCACUCCCAUCCCAGGUUCCCAAGUCCCAGCCCUCAAAAGAUACAGGUCUUCUUUGUAUUUUUCUUCUUCGUUCUGAAAAAACAAAGAGAUGAUGCAGGGCUACGCCAGGAGAUUAGGGCACCAGUAUUUGAAGCCUUCACCAUCGCUAUCAACUCUCAAAUCAAUCUAUCCUGUUUCUGACAAAUAUUAUGGAUAUGAUCAUCCGCGGUUUGGAUCGAAUAUUGCUACAAAAGGAGUUGGGCAUCUCAUCCGUAAAGGUACUGGUGGAAGAUCAUCUGUUAGUGGAAUUGUUGCAACUGUGUUUGGAGCGACAGGGUUUCUCGGACGUUAUGUUGUACAACAACUAGCUAAAAUGGGUUCUCAAGUGCUAGUUCCUUUCCGAGGUUCGGAGGAUUCUCAUCGACAUCUUAAAUUGAUGGGUGAUUUAGGCCAGAUUGUACCUAUGAAAUAUGACCCAAGAGAUGAAGAUUCAAUUAAAGCAGUAAUGGCAAAGGCGAAUGUUGUCAUCAAUCUUAUUGGAAGGGAGUAUGAGACAAGAAACUACAGUUUUGAGGAAGUGAACCAUCAUAUGGCGGAGCAGCUUGCUUUUGUCGCAAAAGAACAUGGCGGUAUCAUGAGAUUUAUACAAGUUUCUUGCUUAGGGGCAUCACCAUCAUCAUCUUCCAGAAUGCUAAAAGCUAAAGCAGCUGCAGAGGGAGCAAUACUGCGAGAACUGCCUGAGGCCACAAUUUUAAGGCCAGCCUCUAUGGUUGGCACUGAAGAUCGGAUUCUAAAUAAGUGGGCAUUUAUUGCAAAGAAAUGGAGCUUCCUUCCGCUUAUCGGGGACGGAUCUACUAAAAUUCAACCAGUGUUUGUUUCUGAUGUUGCUGCUGCAAUUAUUGCGGCCUUGAAAGAUGAUGGCACAAGCAUGGGUAAAACUUACGAACUUGGUGGUCCAGAUAUUUACUCUAUGCGCGAACUGACAGAGCUGAUGUAUGAGACUAUUCGAGAAUGGCCACGCUAUGUAAAGGUUCCUCUCCCCGUUGCGAAGAUUAUUGCCUCUCCUCGAGAGAUAUUGCUGAACAAAGUUCCAUGUCCUCUACCUGUCCCUGAGAUCUUUAAUCUGGAUCAGCUCAAUGCUCUCUCCGUAGAUACAGUUGUGUCUGAAAAUGCUUUAAAAUUUGCUGAUCUGGGAAUUGUACCACAUAAUAUUAAAGGUUACCCCAUUGAGUUUCUUAUCCAAUAUCGCAAAGGUGGGCCAAAUUUCGGUUCAACGAUCAGUGAAAGAGUCUCUCCCGAUGCUUACCCAUAAGGGAGGCUUUUCGACAAUCCUCUUUCUUCUUUGUUAUUCUUGUGAGGUUUUAGGUUUUACAAAGACUGUUGAUGAUCGGGCACUCCUCAAAGCAGGUAAUUAUCACUGAUGCCAUUUAUCGACAAUAAAAAUUGUACAAGUACCUGUCAGACGAACAUCUAUACAAAGUAGAUGUAUCAUUAGAAUAUUGUUUGCUUGUUUGUUUGUGGAGGUGGAUCUUGGUCAUGUCAAAAGGUUAUGUAGGCAAAAAAAUAAAAUGUAUUGGAUUCUUGUCAAAGAAACAUGUUUUUUGUUGAAUGUUUUAUUUUGUGUGAUUUAAAUUUUUUACAAGAUUUUUUUUUUAUCA